AUGGCUGUGAGACUGUCUGUGCUGCAGAAGGUUCUGGACACAGCAGCGGAGAGGAACUGGCUCGUGACCUCGGUCAAUGUGGAGACCAUGACAGAGGCCUCCUUUUUGAAAGUUUUCCAGGAUUUGGACAAGAGGAAGGAGGGCCAGAUUAUCAUCGAUUGUGAAACAGAGAGGCUCACUGGCAUCCUCAAAGAGAUCGUCGAACAAGGCAAGAAUGCAAAGAGCUACCACUACAUCCUGGCUAACCUGGGUUUCCUGGACAUCGACCUGACUGACCUGAGGAAAGGCGGGGCGAACAUCACGGGCUUCCAGCUGGUCAACAACUCCGAGCCCACCAUCGGCCGUGUGGUCCAGCAGUGGCAGGAGUUUGACAACAAAGACUCCAAAAUGCGCAAGAGUGGACUCAAAUACACGGGCGCUCUAACAUAUGACGGCGUGAAAGUCAUGUCCACGGCCUUCCAGAACCUGAGGAGACAGAGGAUAGACAUCUCUCGCCGGGGCAACGCUGGAGAGUGUCUUGCCAACCCACCAGCUCCCUGGGGACAGGGCAUAGACAUCCAGAGAGCCUUGCAGCAGGUGCGUAUAGAUGGAUUGACCGGUCACAUUCAGUUCAAUGAGAAAGGCCGCAGAACCAACUACACUGUUAGCGUCAUGGAACUGGCCCCCUCUGGACCAAAGAAGGUUGGCUACUGGAAUGAAGAUGAGAAGUAUGUGACUACCGCCAGCUUUGUGAGAGGCAGCAACGAAACGUACGGCCUGCAGAACAGGACUUACAUAGUCACCACGAUCCUGGAGUCUCCAUAUGUGAUGAUGAAGAAGAACCAUGAGCAGCUUGUGGGGAAUGACAAAUAUGAGGGCUACAUUGUGGAGCUGGCUGCAGAGAUAGCCAAACAUGUCGGAUACCAGUACAAACUGAAGGUGGUUUCAGAUGGCAAAUAUGGAGCAAGAGACCCAGAGAAUAAGAUGUGGAACGGCAUGGUGGGAGAACUGGUGUAUGGGAAAGCAGAUGUGGCCGUGGCCCCUCUGACCAUCACCCUGGUGCGUGAAGAAGUGAUCGACUUCUCCAAGCCCUUCAUGUCCCUUGGCAUCUCCAUCAUGAUCAAGAAACCCACCAAAUCCAAACCUGGCGUGUUUUCCUUCCUGGACCCGCUGGCUUACGAGAUCUGGAUGUGCAUUGUGUUUGCCUACAUCGGCGUGAGCGUGGUUCUGUUCCUUGUCAGUCGGUUCAGCCCAUACGAGUGGCACGCUGAGGACUAUGAGGAGGGCGCUGAGCCGCAGUCGCCCACCCAAGCUUCAGCUAACGGGGUGCAGCAGGGCCAGGCCCCCCCGCAACAGAACAACAACCAGCAGAGUCUAGAGCAGACCAAUGAGUUUGGCAUUUUCAACUCCCUUUGGUUCUCACUGGGGGCUUUCAUGCAGCAGGGCUGCGAUAUCUCACCACGGUAA